GCUCAUCAGAGCCAUAAAGAUAGACGCAGGGCAAGCAGAUCGUAUUGGGGGUGUGGCCUUAAGAGAGACAGGCAGGUUAAAUGAAGUUAAACAAAACUAGGGGAAGUAGCAUGCUAUGGACUGAGCAGCACUACCAGCUAAAUAGCUAAAGGGGAACUUUGCAGAUCUGUAAAAGCACUAGCAGCUGUUUCAAAGCGUCAGACUUAGACAGACAGCACUAAAGGAAGAGAGGGAGCCAGCAAGCAGCAGAGAGAGAGAGAGAGAGAGAGAAAGAGAGACUACUCUUGUUCAGUUUUAAGUGUGUUACUGAUCUCACCAAAAGCUUCCUGUGUCAGCACCAUGGGAAAGUCAGCCUCCAAGCAGUUUGCUGAGGAGGUGCUUCAGUGCCAUAAUGAGUACAGGAGAAAGCACCAGGCUCCUCCACUGAAGCUGAGCAGGAAGUUGAGCAGAGAGGCUAGCCGUUAUGCUGAAAGUCUGGCCAGCACACGGAUCCUGAAACACAGUGUAGAGUCCAGUAGAGGGAGCUGUGGAGAGAACCUGGCAUGGGCCUCCUAUGACCAAUCAGGAAAAGAUGUGGCAGACCGCUGGUAUGAUGAAGUGAAACAGUACAACUUCAACCGUCCUGGAUUCUCCACUAGCACUGGCCAUUUCACAGCAAUGGUAUGGAAGAGCACUAAAAGUCUGGGUGUCGGUAAGGCCAUUGCAUCAGACGGUUCUUCCUUCGUGGUGGCCAGAUACUCCCCAGCAGGAAAUGUCACUAACCAGGGACACUUUGAGAACAAUGUCCUCCCCGCUAAAUAAUCAAAGAUUCCCAGCUCACCAACACUUGACUGAAGUCCGGAGGCAUUUAUUUCAUUUUCCAGGGGAGUCUGAAGUUAUCUGCCUGCACUGCUAUGGGGGAUACUCAGGAGAGUUCAACUUCUUGCCUAAUAGACAACCAUACAACUAUCUUGAAGGGAUUUUGUAAGAUGAAAUGCAGUCGGACUUAAAGUCCUAUGUUUGUUAUUUGCAAAUGAGUGUAUGAAGAAGUAGUGCUUAUUUUAAGAAGCACUAAUGUUUGAUAUGACUUAACAUUUACUGUGACCUUUGGAUUGUAUAAUCUUGAUGGCCAUUUACUUUGCUUUUACAGUAUUUCAUUAAUUAAUGUCAAUACCUUUAUAAUUCCACACACUGAAAUACAUCAUAGCCUCACAUCAGUAUUUGUGUAUGAAGGGAAACUAAGUCAGUCAAAAGGACUUUACACAUUAAAAUGUGGAGUCAUUGCUCACUAAUUUAAAGCAGAUGACUCAACAUGCUUGUUAUGAGUUUGUAUCAUUGCCACCACUUGUCAAAGCAGAACCCUGCUGCAGUCCCAGAUGUGUGUUUUGUACUCUAACCAGUUUUGUACAAUAAAGUUGAUAGAUGCAUUUAUUUGCAAUUGGCA